AUUGGCAAACUGUGGAGGGUAAAUUCGAAAGUAGUGGGAAACAUAAGGGGGCACAAUUCACACUACAAAAUUAAAGGUGAAAACUUGAGCUGAAAACAAAUUCGCGGAGCAAAUUGAAAUUAGCGAAAACAUCGUCCUCCUCGUUGUUCUUUGUUCCCACCGAAAAGUCGUACCGGAACUUCGGAGCAUCGCCUUCUCGCGAUCCCACUUGUCUGCUCCGAGCCACGGCCGGUCCCUCUCUUUGUUCGUCGGUGUCGCCCCCAGCAACGUAUAUUGGGCAUAAUUGCUGUGUUUGUUCAUUGUCUCUGGUGCUACCAUGUACGCGAGGAGAUUAAGGAACAAGCUCGAGACAUGGAGUUCGCUUUGUAGGGAGUAUGAAUCCCGGGUCGGCUCCAAAUGCCACCAAGAUCACGCGCUCUCUGCAUACACAUUGGCCUCUAAGACUUCAUUCUUCGAUCCCAUUUCGCCAUUGUCGAGCUCUUUUGCGAGAUUCGUCAGCGGUUCCCCGUUGUAUCACACCCUCAUCAGUGGACAAGGAACGCCUGCCAACUGUUCGAGGAAAUGCGGGCUCGAGAUUUCCCGGUUAAAUUCGAAGCAUUUCGAGUUUUCACAUAAAGGGUCUGUUUCGGGGCUCUCAACUGUAGCUAAGAGCGCGAAGAAUGAGGAGGAUAGUAGAGGUGGAAACGGUGGAAAGGGUGACAAGGUUGAGGUUAGUUGGAUCGAACGAUAUUUGCCGAAGGGAGCUCGGCCUUAUGCCCAUCUUGCUCGCCUCGAUAAGCCUAUUGGAACUUGGCUUCUGGCCUGGCCUUGUAUGUGGUCAAUCACUUUGGCAGGGUCCCCUGGGAGCCUUCCUGAUUUUAACAUGCUGACGCUAUUUGGUUGUGGAGCUUUGCUUUUGAGAGGUGCUGGAUGCACCAUAAAUGAUCUGCUUGACAGGGAUAUCGAUAUAAAGGUGGAGCGAACAAAGUCCCGACCAGUUGCAAGUGGUGUUUUGACCCCAUUUCAAGGGCUUUGUUUCCUUGGGUUUCAAUUGCUUCUAGGUCUAGGAAUUCUUCUUCAGUUGAAUAAUUAUAGCCGCAUACUUGGAGCUUCUUCUUUGCUGCUCGUCUUCUCUUACCCUCUCAUGAAGAGAUUCACAUUUUGGCCUCAAGCUUAUCUAGGUUUAACAUUUAAUUGGGGAGCUUUACUUGGGUGGGCUGCUAUAAAAGGAAGUUUGGAGCCCUCGGCCGUGCUUCCACUUUAUCUUUCUGGAGUGUGUUGGACUCUAGUGUAUGACACGAUAUACGCUCAUCAGGACAAGGAAGACGAUUUGAAAGUAGGUGUCAAAUCAACGGCGCUGAGAUUCGGCAAUUUCACGAAGAAGUGGAUCUCAGGCUUUGGAGUUGCAUGCAUCAGUAGCCUUGCACUCAGCGGAUACAAUGCUGAUAUCGGAUUGCCUUACUAUGCAUUUUUGGCGGCUGCUUCGGGACAGUUAGCUUGGCAGAUACUGACAGUUGAUCUGUCUUCUCGAGCAGACUGUAACAGGAAAUUUGUGUCAAACAAGUGGUUCGGAGCACUUAUUUUCAGCGGAAUCCUACUCGGAAGGUUGGUGCCUUGAGGAAAUGCUUCCAUGAUUUUUUACUGGUGAUGCUGCGAGAAGAAGACACAAGAUCUUCCAAUUCUUUCAUUGCAGGAGAGUAGAGUAUGUCGAAUGAACUUUCUGCAGUCUUCGUUUACUUCCCGAUUGGUGUCUUAGAGCGUAUACCUAAAUUAAAUUACAUCCAGAUUCUAUGUGAGUGUGGACGUAAACUAAAUGUCGUGCUGAAGUCCAUUCUUUGAGAUUGUCUGUUGUUGUAUAGGGUGAAUUCCCAGGAAGUAUAUUUAUCCCAAAUCGAAAGGAAAUUUAAUGGGCUAGCAUAUUGCGUUCCUCCA